AUGACGGGCACUACGAACGUUCUGAAGGCGUGCACUGUCUUCUCUGCCGUCUCCAUUCUCGUUUCGCUCCUUUUCACCACUUUCAUGUACACCGAUCUUCAUGAAUUCCACGGAGAAGUCGCCGCGGAACUUCAUGGAUUCAAGGUAGGAGCCGAGGGACCAAAAUGCGUUCAGUUUAGAGUUCUUUUUAGGAUAUUUAUAAUGAUGCGUGGCUUCUGAUCACGAAAUCCUCAUCCAACAAGUUCCUCUCGUCUUCCGACGUGGAGAGGAUCUUCAAGAGAAGUUCGGACAAGUGCAACUGCGGCGAGAAAGCGGCAAACUGUCCACGUGGACCGCCGGGACCACCGGGAGAGCCAGGAGAUGAUGGAAGCAACGGAGAGCAAGGACCGGACGGACGGGAUGGGCACACUCCUUCGGAUGAGUACGGAGCCGCACAAGGAAACGAGAUAUCUUGCCCAGCUGGACCGCCCGGAGAACCGGGACCAGAUGGAAUUCCAGGAGAACCAGGAAGAGAUGGACAACAAGGAACGGACGGACAACCUGGAAACGAGGGACCGGUUGGACCGAGAGGACCGCCUGGAAACAAGGGAAGAGACGGAAAUCCAGGGAGAGAUGGAAACCCGGGAAGACCGGGAAGAGACGGAACUCGUGGAGUCGGACAGCCAGGUCAACAGGGACAACCCGGACAGCGAGGACCUGCAGGACCACGUGGACAGCCAGGGAACAACGGAAGACCGGGAGAGAACGGGGACCAGGGACCGGCUGGACAGCCCGGAAACGACGGAGAGCAAGGGUCGGACGGAGUGGUCGGAAUGUGAGUCGACGGAGGGAAAUAGAAAUACACACACACACGAUUGAUGAGGGCACAUUCGAGACAUCGUAGAUUCCUGUUUGAAUGGGAUAAGAGGGCACAUAAAGGUGGCCGGGGGUCUCCCGCCUUUUCAUCAUUCCACGCGCUUCUCAAUUGUUCUUCUUGCAGCCCCGGAGAGCCGGGUCUUCCUGGAUCCGAUGCCGCCUAUUGUCAGUGUCCGGAGAGAUCGUCGGCAGUCGAAAAGACCUCCUCGGGCUACAAAGUGCGUCGUCGUCUGGUCACUCACGCCAACUGA